AUGNCCUAUUCGACUGUUGGUACACCUGAUUAUAUUGCUCCAGAAGUUUUGCUGAAGAGAGGAUAUGGAAUGGAAUGUGAUUGGUGGUCUCUCGGGGCUAUCAUGUAUGAAAUGCUUGUGGGAUAUCCACCUUUCUAUUCAGAGGAACCUCUGUCUACGUGUAGAAAGAUGCUCUCUUCGAAGGAUGUGAACUUUGUGGGUUACACCUAUAAGAACUUUGAAAUCGUGAAUGAUCACGAAGCUCCUGGAAUUGCCCAACUGAAGAAGAAGAGCACAAAACAAAAGAGACCUACUGUGAAGUCCCUUUUCAAUGAAGAAUUGAAUUCGACUUCCGCUCAACCUGCACGAGGAAGUUUUCUCAAUCUGCUACCGUCCACAUUGGAAGAUCCUAAAACUGGGUGAAUCAUAAACCUCUACCAGCUGAUGAUAGUAUUAAACAACAGUGACAAAGUGUCAAGAUCUUACUGAAAUGAAUAGGUUUUGUUAGGCUCUUUUCAUCUCCAUGUACUUAACUUGCAACGACUCGUGAAAAGAUGGUUUCGCAGGUACAUGUGGCUUAUUUGAGCUUGUACAAAUCAUAUCGUCAAUGUAUAUAUUUAAUUGUUUUUCUAUCAUUAUAGUCAUCGAUAUGUAAUUCUUUCUCCUUAUCAGCUGUAGAUACUGUAAUUCACUGCUCAUGUAAGUUGAGUACAGAUUAACUGAAGCAAACACAAUUUUAAACACUGUAGAUAUUUGUGUUUGAAAGAGGUGUUGACGUUCUA